CAAAAGCGAAAGGAGAGCACAAUGCAGCAGCAAACUCUUUACUUCAAAACACAUCAGUCCUCCAAUGGGUUUCUUCUUUCGUACCCAAUUGCUAUAAUGCCUACAUCUCUUUACAAUACCGCCAUUUUUGCACCAAAAUUAUUUUUCAUUCGCUCUCCGAUUUUGGCUUCCCAUCCAACAGAGAUACAGAACCCAAUUAUCUGUGCAAGAAAGACCGACAAGCUAGUCAUAUAUGCGAGAAAAAACAAAAGGAGGAAUGGAUCUCAAAUAUCAAAGAAGUUACUGUUCGGUUUGAUAGCAAUCAUGGCCUCAAAAACCAAGAUCUUACCGCAGCCCUUAGAUUUGGUUGUUGGGGAAAUCGGCCAUGUAGAUGGGAAUGGAGUGGCCGUGUGGUUCUGGAAGUUGUUUGGAGGAGGAGGCUUUGACGGGCGGAGAAGGAAUAACAAGAGAAAAUCAAUGCUUCUUGUGUUCUUUGUGAUUAGCGGUUUGGCUUUCUUGUUUGGGAAAGAGUUGGAGCGCAAUGUGCUUUGUGGCUUUUCGGUUUUGGGGCUACUUGGGGUUCUUUCGAUUCAGUGGUUGGGAAAGAGAAAAACCAAAGAUUGGGUUUUGGGGUUUUGUCUUGGGGGAGCUUUGGUGGGCUUGGGGUUAAGGAGGGGGGAGAUGCAAAAAUGGGUUGAACGGCUCAGGGUUUGUUCCCCAAUAAUGGUGGUUGGAAGAAGAAGGGGAAGAAAGUAAAUAUGGGGAGAGCAUGGUGUCUUCACUAUAAAACAAAGAUUUAGAUAUCGAUUAUUUUUUCUU